CAAUUUGUCCGAUGUAGUUUCUAAAUUAACCGUGGAAUGGACAAUGUCGGUAUUUCAGAUCCUAUAACAUUUUAUAAAGCGUUUGGUCUUUAUCUGCGUCAGUUUUUCAGUAAAUGGUGGAAUGAUGUAAGAGGUUAUGUUUUUUAAUUAUGUAAAUUGAAAAAUGACAUAUCUGUUACGACCAAAUAUUAUCUCUUCGAUCGUUCAAUAUUAUCGUUGAUAUCAUGUUGAAAAUCUGUAAUAAGAUGAAGUGAAAGCUGACAUCAAUACCCUCAAUGAAAUGUGUAAUAUUAAAGCAUGGUUCUUACGCCACGAAAGAUGAAACAGGUUGCGUUUUCCGCGAUUUGUGUAAUUUUAGUGUUGGGAUUUUACAAAACCUUAGUCAGUCCAGAAGAAGAACAAUCCUUUCCCCGGAUUCAUCCGCGAGACCGUAAAUCUAAUAUAGAGGAUAUAAAUGAUAUUGAAACCGAUAAUGAAAAAGUAGUAGAUACAAAUGAAAAUAUACGAUAUGCUGACAUUAAAAAUAUCGAAGAAGCAAAAAUACGAAUUCGUGAACUGGAAGGAAAACUUGACCAUCUUGAAGCUAAAAUUGAGAACAGAGUGUCAAAGGACUUCCCAGUAGUGAAGUUUCUUAAUUACAAAAAUCGAAAGAGAAUUUUAGUCACAGGUGGAGCAGGUUUUGUUGGCUCUCAUUUAGUUGACCGUUUAAUGCUUGCUGGCCAUGAAGUGAUAGUUGUAGAUAACUUUUUUACUGGAAGAAAACGCAACGUUGAACACUGGGUUGGUCAUGAGAAUUUUGAACUGGUUCAUCAUGACAUUGUGAGACCCCUUUAUUUAGAAGUUGAUGAAAUAUAUCAUCUUGCUAGCCCAGCUAGUCCACCGCAUUACAUGCUUAACCCAGUGAAAACUAUAAAAACAAACACUUUAGGUACAAUAAAUAUAUUAGGUCUUGCAAAACGAGUGGGAGCAACCGUUUUAAUUGCAAGUACAUCAGAAGUUUAUGGAGAUCCUAAUGAACAUCCUCAAACAGAAACAUAUUGGGGUCAUGUCAAUCCUAUAGGUCCAAGAGCUUGUUACGAUGAAGGAAAACGCGUUGCUGAAACAUUAAGCUAUGCUUAUAUGAGACAGGAAGGUGUAAGGGUACGUGUUGCCCGAAUUUUUAAUACUUUUGGCCCUAGAAUGCAUAUGAACGAUGGUCGCGUAGUUUCGAACUUCAUUCUUCAAGCACUACAAAAUGAUUCGAUUACAAUAUACGGUAGUGGAAAACAAACGCGAUCUUUUCAAUAUGUUUCUGAUUUGGUUGACGGGUUAGUUGCCUUAAUGGCGUCUAAUUAUACCCAGCCUAUAAACAUUGGAAAUCCUGUUGAGCAUACGAUAGAAGAAUUUGCUAUUAUAAUAAAGGAGUUAGUUGGUACAAAUAGUAAAGUAGUUGAGCUUGCCGCGGUCGAGGAUGAUCCUCAAAGGAGAAGACCUGAUAUUAGUAGAGCUAAGAAAUAUUUAAAUUGGGAGCCAAAGGUUCCUUUAGCUGAAGGACUUAAAAAGACUAUAAUGUACUUUGCUAAAGAGUUACAAAGAACGAAACAUUCUCAGAAAACUACUUUCAAACAAUCUUCUUAUAAGAACGAUCAUGACAUAGUAGAACAACUAUAAGGGACGAAAUAUUAGUACGAUUAAUUUAUCCACUUUAAGAGUGGUUUGAAAGUGCCAUUAUGCUAUGGACCACUACGUGCCAAAAGAUUCCCCGUCCAAGGUUGAAUUUUGUGUAAUUUAGAAUGUUAAUGGGCGUAUACUCCUAAUUCAUAGAAGAACAGAAAUUUUGAGAUCACUUUUAUUUCAGGCUCAUUACAAAUUGUGUUCUCAAAGUUCCAAGCAUAAUUUUAUUUAUUGCCCAUGACUAUGCUGUUCGGUUCGAAUGGCUAAUGCCUUUAAAGGUACUAUUUAUUUCGAGAAUAAUUCUCUGCUAUAAAUAAGCAGUUGUUCGACGGUGCUGGUGGAAAUAUUUGAUAUCCUUUCUCUUGUGCGAAUUUUUAAACUAAUCUGUAUGAACUUUCAUAAUAUUAAGCUGGUUUUACUUAAUAUUUCUACGUAAUCGAUUUUUCUUCGGCUGUAAAUGUCUUUGUGUAUCAUCAUAUUUCUGUAUCAGUAUAAUAUGCUAGCAACAUAAUCAGUGUCAUCUGUAAUUAGUAAGUUUUCAAAGGAUGUUAUCGCCGUCAAGUUUCUUCAUCGCGAAGGCAAACGCGUUCUCGAGAAUGAAAAAACAACCCCCGGAAUGUUUGCUAUCACACAUAAUAAUCGUAUUAUGUGAUAUGUACAUGAUAAAAGGGUAAGCGUGUAAACAUGAAAGUAAUUUUAUACUGUACGAAUAUAUUAUUGUAUGAGUGUAACGCGAGUCUGAACGCGUUUGAAUUAAUGUUUCGUUACAGCGAACCGCAUCGUAUUUAAUUUGUACACAGAUAACGAUCCACCGUGUGUAGAUAAUGAAAUACAAAAUUAAAUGUUUA